GUCUUCUGUUAUGUGCACCCCGUUUUCACAUGCUUUUUUUCUCAGACAAUCCUCGAGAAAAUUAAUAAUCGUUUUCUUGAUUAAUUCCCAGCAAAUAAUCCCUCCUCUCCUUCACGCAAACGUUCCCCUCUUAUUUAUUUGUAAAUUAAAACAAGAAAAUUAUUUCAAUGUCCUCAAAUUUAGAGAAUAAAACGCAAAUUCAAGAUGAUGAAUCUGACAUUGAUGACUUGUUAGAUGGUAAACAUACUCUCAUCUAUUAUUAUUUUUUCUGUUUAAAAUAUUAAGAUGUUAUGAUUGGUUUGUAUUCUUUUUAUUAAUCUAGAUGUUCUCGAUGACAUGUCAAAGCUGUCUACACAUGAGACACAAGCCAUAAAAAAUAAAGAAGAACCAAAAAAGACAAAUACAACCAUUCAUGCUAAAGAUCCUAUUGAACCUGAAUUAGAUGAUUUAUUUAACAGUGAAGAGUUUGCAAAACAAUUGGCUGUUGGUAUGGAACAACUAAUGGGACAAAUGGAAACUGAAAAUAAUGAUGAAAUGAAAGAAGCUUUUGAAAAAGUAUGGGCUUCAUUUGAUAAAGAGACUGCAACUACAGUAGAAACAAAUAAAGAUAUUCCCAAGCCUCCUUCUUCUUUUCAAGAAACAAUUGAUAAAACGCUCAAUAAACUGAAAAAUAGUUCAAAAGAAAUUGAUUCUUCCAUAGCAGAAGAAUCAGAGGAUGCUUUUAUGGCAGAGCUUAUGAAACAAAUGGAAGCUUUGGCUGAUAAUGGGGAAUUUGAAGGUGUUUUGGAAGGAAUGAUGAGUCAAUUAAUGUCAAAGGAACUACUUUAUGAACCUAUGAAAGAUCUCAGUGGAAAAUAUCCUGCUUGGUUGGAGGCACACAAAGAUAAUGCUAAUACAUCAGACUAUGAAAAUUAUAAGGAACAAUAUCUCAUCUGUCAACAGAUAGUUGCAAAAUAUGAAGCACCUGAGUUUGAUGAAAAAAAUGAAAUCCAAGCUAAAGAGAUUAUGGAUCUGAUGACAAAGAUGCAAAAUUUGGGUCAACCACCAGCCGAUCUUUUAGAUGAAAUGGCCCCUGGUAUGAAUUUAGGAGGAAAUCCAGAAAAUAUGCCUGAUUUAAAGGAUUUAGAAAACUGUACGAUUAUGUGAAAAAAGAAAAAAGCCAACAUAUCAUAUAUUUGUAUACCUUUUUAUAUAAAAGUGUUAUAUUAGAAACUAUCUAUUUAACUUUAUAAACAUAUAAAAUGAAUGACCUAAUGAGUCUCAUAUAUACUUUUCUUUUUGUACUAUCUUUAAAUAGUUUGUUUAGAAAUAC